AUGAUCACCUCGAAGCUGAUGUAUCCAGCAGCGGACCCGGAAGACGAGUGGGAGUUGCCUGAAAUAGAUGGCGACUGCGACCAGCUCUCAUCUCUAUUUCAGGGUGAGGUAAACGCUGCGAAAGAUAUCAUCGCCAAGGCGCAGUUCCCCUCGUCAGAAAUGUGGAUUCAUGCUCUGGAACACGGUGACCCAUAUGCAUUUGUGGCUGUACUUCUUUCUCAACUUCAUAAUAUACGGUCGCUGCAACUCGAUCACACUUUUGUGUGGCAAGCUGGGUUUCCGGGAUUGAUGAUGAGACAUGCUCUUCUCUCUGCGUCUGAGAAUACAUUAUCUCGAUUUUCACAACUCUCCGUUGUCGAGUACGGUCUAAAUGUUCCAGGUUCUAGAAGGUUUAACGAAACGAUAUGGAAUUUCAUCGAUGCAUUCCCCGUUUGUGACCCGGAUCAAUUUCUUGAAAGACUCGUGUUAACGGAAUCUUCUGUUGAUGAGGAUGAUGUUAGAAAACUACUGUCGCAUCUCUCUUCGCUGAAGAGUCUUCACCUAGGCCUUGUCUACCCAUCACAGGAUAAGGAACUCGGUUAUAACUGUUGCUCUCCUCAACCUCCUCUCAAAAAGCAAGGUGUGCUUCUUGAAGGGCUGAUGAGUGUAAAGGACACAGUUGAAGAUCUUUCUAUUAGCAUGGAGCUUUGUCCAUUUUGGUGGCCUACUGUUUGGGGCGCAAUAGAACGUAACCAUGGAACCCCGCAAGAAAGCUUCAAACCAUUCAAAGGAAUCUUGAUGCGGUUCCCGCUUCUUCGAACCGCAGAGCUACCUGCAGUCAUGCUUUUUGGGUGGACCUGUGCCGACGCACCAGCCUUGUCUGAGCUUCUACCGCCAACACUUCGGAAGCUCGCCAUUCGGGAUAACCUGUGGCGUACGGAGGACUUCGAGUGGGAGACCGAUCAAGUUGGAGAAGCAAUUCAGAACUUCCUCCCCUUUGCGCGGUCUGUGACUCCCAUGUUGAACACAAUUACAAUUAGAUCCUUUGGUAUCGGAGAAGAGGGUGAUAUUGAUCCAGACGAUUCCAUGGGGGCUAGAUCAUCGUGCGAGAAGCUUGGGCUGGAUAUAGACAUCAGUAUGAUUCAGUAUAAUCUCUCAGCGGGACUUUGGACGACGCACACGGGACUUCAAGAAGGAUCUUGGAGGGACUUAUCAAAUCUUUAG